AUGGCUGAAAUCGAAACCGUACUUGUCCGAGACUUCCCAAGUCUCGAGACUCCCAGGAACAAUCGGAAACCUGGAGCAAAGUCGUUGAAUAUGUCUUCCAGUGCAAGCACCUUUGUGGAGACACCAAUGGCAAACGAUGACUCUCCUGACACCUUGCAUAUUCGAGCAAUCAGUACAGAGGGAAAGAGGACUACCGAUAUUCUCAAAGACUUGGAUACUCCACCUCGAAGCAACCACAGGAAGUUAUUUCUGUCAAAGAUGAUGGAAGAGUUCCCUUCACCAGCAAUUCCAAAUGGAAUUCUGUCUCCAUCCAUGUCGGAAGUUACGGCGCCAUCUGCAUUCAAAGAACGCAACCAUAGCUUUGCAUCUUCAUCUCCAAGCGUUUCUGAUAUUGACUUUUCUAUUAGUCAAACUUCUAUGAAACCCAGCCUUCUUUUCCGUGAAAAGGAAACCAAGAGAGCCAUGGACUUUUCGACUGUUUUCAAGUCUCGAUCAGCACCUGUUCGAAAUCAUCCUGCUGCGGUCCUUCCGGUAACUCCAGAGGCGGAAAGUGAAAAGAAACCGAUGGCUCGCGAAAGUUGGCAGCUUCACAAUACUCCUGAGAGUCAGCCAGGGCGAAUUGUCAUCAAUAGUCUAAUCCGUGACGACGUCUCUUGGUGUGCCUCGUCAGCCUGCCCCUUUGACUGCGUCGAAGACUACGACCAUACUUCUGUGCCUCCAGCACUCGAGGAGGCUAAUUCAACGGCAAACAAGGAGAGUGGCUUAUCUGGACUUUUCAAAAAGAGCUCCAUUUCUAGGCAUCGUUCCAUUCCUGAAUCUAGAGCCGAGAAUCACCAGACUGGUGCUAGAGAUAACGAAGGCGAGGUCGAGACUCAGGACAAUUCUUCAACCAUGGUUGGAAUGGUGAUGAGAGUAGAACGGAUGAGUAAACUCUUCGGUUUUUUUUCCAAGAUUUCGGCUUCGAGCGAACAACGCGUCGAAGGAUCCAUGCCUGACGAUGAAGCGAUGGAUACAGAGAAAGAAGUUGUUGACAUAGAGGGGGGGGAGCCGGUUGAUAGUGAAUUUGCAGAAUCCCUCGGCAAAAACAUCUCGAAUGAACACCCUAUUGAUGAGUCUCCCGGACAAAAUUUGUCUUCUAGUGGCUCUGAUACACAGAAAACGAAAGAGUCACCAGGAAAUCCGGAAAACAUGAUAUCGGGGAAUAAAAAGGAUGUUCCUGAGCUCGACGACACAGUGGCUCCAAGCAGAUCUUAUGAUGAUGACGCUGAACAUUCUUCACAACAAACGGCUGAACAAAGCAAACGAUAUGCCAAGAGAUUUAUUUUUUACAUCUUUGUUCCAGCCCUUGUUUUGUCAAUCAUUAUCCUCGCGAGCAUUCUUGUCAAACGAAUGACCGACCGAGAAACUUCGUAUUCUGUCACGUCUCAGACGCUUCCACCGACCGAUAUUUUUGACUUUAGAAGCGAACAAACACGACGUCCAAUUGACGUGCCUCCAUUUUUUGACAACACUCACAAGCUCUGCAAUGAAGCACAAAAGUUAACCCCAUCAAGUAAAACGUAUGACUCGAUGAGUCGUACAGCUUGGGACAAUACCAUCAAUACCUGUGGCGACUCUUUAGAGUUUGGAUUUGCAGCUUGGUACUCUGUCACAGUUGACGAAAGCAGAUUCAUGGAAGCUUCAACUUGCAAUGAUGCAGACUUCGAUACUCAGAUCACGAUCAUGUCUGGUGUUUGCGAAGAGCUCAGUUGUGUUACAUUUAGUGACAAUGAAUGUGGUGCUCAGAGCCGAGCUACUUGGUAUGCUGAAAAAGGAAAGUCUUACGUUGUUGUUGUUGGCGGAUACCGCGAAGAAUGGGGGGAAUACACUUUAAGUCUCAAUCCUACUACCAUUAACGACAAGUGUCAAGAUUCUGUUUCAUCAGUGGCCAUAGACUCAACUGUCUUUGGUACUACAUCCGGAGCGACAAUCGAGGACCUUCCGAGUUGUGGUGGUGUAGACACCACCAAGCCUGGAGUUUGGUAUGAGGUAUCGAAUGUUGACGGUCCAGUAAAUGCCGAUGUAAUUGGUCGUGGGUUUAAUUUUGCGGGACAGGUUUCUGUUUACGAUGGAAGCUGUGACGCACUAUCUUGUGCGGCAGGAAGCAAGUCUGGCUCCGUCACAUGGGACGCACUCCCUGGUUCAACGUACCACGUGUAUGUCAAUGGAGAAGCAGUCGAUGGCGACUUUGGCCUCUUCCUCGGUAGGGAGAACAAGGAGAGCUGUAACGAAGCUUCGCCACUUCAACCAAGUAACUUUGCAUACAUCUCGAGUACAAGGGAUGCAAGACAACAAGAAGUCGAAUCCUGCGGAUUUGAUGGAAGACAACACUCAGCUCCUGGUAAAUGGUUCUCGCUCAUCGGAACAGGAAAUGAGUUCAAGGUUAGCACUUGCAGCGCAGACGUAGAUCUUGAUACUGAGGUAUCUCUAUUCCAGGGUAGCUGCGGCGCGUUGCAGUGUGUUGCUGGAACAGGAAGGGCUUUGCCAUGCGCAGAAGGGGGUGUGAUUUCUUGGAAGACUGUACCCGAUUCAAUGUACUAUAUUUAUGUGUCUGGGCGAGGAUCUCGAGUAGGCGACUUCUGGUUGACAAUUGAAGAAACAGAAGUGGUAGGAUCAAUUUGUACAGAACACCUUGCAUUGGGAGCAUUCUCGACUAAAAGCAUUAAAGGAUUUAUUGAGGUUGGAUCCACAGAACCCGUUCAGAUUGAAGGGCUAGUCGGGACUGCUCGCGGUGUAUGGUAUGAAUUAAUUGGAACUGGAAACCUAGUUGAGUUAUCGGUCUGCGGAAUGGACAGUAGCUUUGAUGGCCGCGUGUCGGUGUCGACAGGUGAUUGCUCUGAUCGAAUAGUCCUUGGACAGACAUCAAAGUGCGGAGAAGAUGGCGAUAACGUCAAAUUCGUAACGACGGUUGGACACAAAUACCAAGUUUUUGUACAUGGUGACGACGAUGAAGCUACUGGCGAAUACACAUUGAGCAUGAAGGAUUAUGAUGAAUUGAAUGAUCGCUGUGCACUUGCCCUGCCCUUAGAGACUGUGAGUGGUGUAUAUUUUGGUAGUACAACGAAUGCUAUCAUUAGUGAUGCCAUUGAUGUCAUUGAUGCAAAGAAUACUGUUGCAUCAGCUCCAUCUGUUACUAGUACACCAACGAGACGACCUACCAUUGUUCCUACCUCCGCACCAUCUGCACUUCCAACAGAGACGUCAAAUGAGGAUGAAAAAGCUGACAACAAGGGUGGAAAGGAUAAGAAAGACAAGGAAAAUAAGAACAAGGACGGUAGAAAAAUCCAAGAGAUCAUUGGCAGCUGUGACUUUAUUCCUCCGACUUUCGGCUUAUGGUACAAGAUCGAUGGCAGUGGCGGGGAUAUCAUCGUUUCGACUUGUUCGGAGGACACAAACUUCGACACAGCGAUCGAUAUCUUUAUUGGCGGAUGUGGAGACUUGCAAUGCAUAACUAGCAACGAUGAUAGUUGCGGUUCUCAGAGUCUGUUGGCGACUUCUCUUUGA